CGGUCUUACUCUGUGGAGGUUUCUCCUCACAGUGUUACUCUGUGUCAGUGUCAGUGUUGUGGCGGUCACUAACGACUCUAGUGCUAACGAUGACUGAUAACAGAGCUAUCACGAUGUCUCCUCGGUCAGUGUCUUCGUGAUGAUGUCCCCCAGGAUCUCCCCGCUACCGCUCCUCCUGCUCACGGUCCUGCUGCUGUCCUCCGUCCUGGGAGAUGCCGACGAUCGGGAGGAAAGGAGAUUCCUCCAGAACCUUUUCAACAGAAGACCAACCCCUGUCGAGCGGGAGGAUAGAUCCUGUAGUUGUACUUGCGGGGAGAGGAACGAUGCCACGAGGAUUGUCGGAGGGAAGCCCGCCGGCGCCAACGAGUUCCCCUGGAUAGUCCGGCUCUCCUACUUCAACCGCUUCUACUGCGCUGGCAUGCUGAUAAACGACCGCUACGUGCUGACGGCAGCCCACUGUGUCAAGGGGUUCAUGUGGUUCAUGAUCAAAGUGACGUUUGGAGAGCACGACCGUUGUGACAAGAGUCUCAAGCCAGAGUCUAGAUUUGUCCUGCGGGCCAUCACAGGAGACUUCAGCUACCUCAACUUUGAUAACGACAUCGCGAUCUUGCGUCUCAACGACCGUGUGCCGAUGACAGAGACCAUCCGACCCAUCUGUCUGCCGAAGAAUCCUGAGAACCUUUACGUGGGCAAGAAAGCCAUCGCCUCGGGCUGGGGAACGCUCAAGGAGGAUGGCAAGCCAGCGUGUAUCCUACAAGAGGUGGAGGUGCCUGUAAUGAGCAACAUGGACUGCAAGAAGACAAACUACAGUGAGAAGAUCAUCUCUGACAACAUGCUGUGUGCUGGAUAUCCAGAGGGCCUCAGGGAUUCUUGUCAGGGAGACAGCGGUGGCCCACUCAUCAGGGAGAAAGAAGACAAGCGGUACGAACUUAUAGGAGUAGUGUCCUGGGGAAACGGGUGUGCCAGACCAGGAUUCCCUGGUAUUUACACCAGGGUAACCCGCUUCCUGGACUGGAUAAGGAGCAACACGGCGGGAGGCUGCUGGUGCGAGGACCCCUCGGACAAGGAAGGGACCUCUGGAAGUAACCAGCAGCCAGGGACCUCCGGGAGUUCUCAGGAAUCAGGAACAUCUGGGAGUUCUCAGGAAUCAGGAGCUUCCGGGAGUGACCUGGCAUCGCCGUUACAGGAGGUCGUGGUAGUAAACCCAGAAGAAUCAGAAACAUCAUCCACAGUCAAACCUACCGAAGAAACUGUAGAUAAGAACCCUCAGACUAUGACUGAGAAACCGAGCAAAACUGAAGCCCAAAAAGGACCUACUAGAUAGCAAAGAGACCAUUUCUAUUCAAGUUACAUGAACCGAUUGACCAAAUAAGCUGACAAAUUCGAUAUGCAAACAGGCCAAGUAAAGUAUAAAGGUCAGUUCGAGCUUAUUUUUACAAGAUCCAACAAUAAAAAAAAAAUGUGUCUUUCAUUAACUUACAUGAUAAAACCUUCCUGUUAAAUCAGAGAACA